AUGUCGCUUACUCCAUUCAAUCACUGGCCUAUAAUGCGCCCAUACUUUGACGACGACUUUUUGAUGGCUCCGUUCUGGUCAACUCGCAACAACUCCAACAACUUCGACAUGGCGCAAGAAAUUGGAAAAAUUGAGAACAAUGAUCAAAAGUUCGCCGUCAAGCUCGACGUUUCUCAGUUCGCACCGGAAGAGCUCAAGGUCAAUCUCGAGGGUAACUUGCUGACUAUCAGUGGAGAGCAUGAGGUCAAGUCCGAGCAUGGAUAUACCAAGCGCUCGUUCACUCGUCAGUUCACUCUCCCAAAGGAUGCCGAUUUGAAUGCCAUUCAUACCGUCAUCACCAAGGAAGGACAAUUGGCUAUUGAUGUGCCAAAGUUGAACGCUGGUGAGAAAACCGCUCGCGCAAUUCCAAUUCAUACGCCAUCCGGUCAGGCAAUCACUCAGAAACCAACUAAGCAAUAA